AUGCGGGUGGCAUCGCCCAGCAUAAUACCGACACAAUACCUCCGAUCGCCUACUCGACGGUCACCCAUUCUCAGGCAAUUCGCCCGCGCCGCGUCGUCGUCGUCGUACACCCCCAGACCCCGAACCGCCGCACCUUCACCCCCCCCAUUCCGUGCCCGCCCCGUAUCAGCAGCCAAACCUCCCACAGCGGCGGCCAAACCCUCCGCGCCGGCUGCCGCCGCCGCUGCCGCAGAGUCCUCCAGCCCGGCCAACCCCGUCCUCGACCCGCAAGCCGCCAUGCCCCCGCCGGCGACCGUCGCGGACGUCGACCCACAACUCGCCGCAGAGAUCCCGACCCCCGAGUCGUCGAGCACGAGAGCGCCCUCGGCAGCCUUCACGGCGGCGCUGAGCGGAGGCGGACCGAACGGCAACGGCAUCGACUGGUCGUCGUCAUUCCACGGGCUGUCGACGACGCCGUUCAGCGCCGAGACGGCGUCGGUGCUGAUGCAGCGGCUGGACCCCUACGACAUCGAGGUCAAGCCCGACGGCAUCAUCUACCUGCCCGAGAUAAAGUACCGGCGGAUCCUGAACCGCGCCUUCGGCCCCGGUGGCUGGGGCCUGGCGCCGCGUGGCGAGCUGGUCGUCGGCGAGAAGGUGGUGACGCGCGAGUACGCCCUGGUCGUGCACGGCCGGUUCAUCGCGCAAGCGCGCGGCGAGUGCCAGUACUUUUCCGAGGAGACGAUCCCGACGGCGGGCGAGGGGUGCAAGUCGAACGCGCUGCUGCGGUGCUGCAAGGACCUGGGGAUCGCGUCGGAGCUGUGGGACCCGCGCUUCAUCCGCGACUUCAAGAAGGCCCACUGCCAGGAGCUGUGGGUGGAGCACGUCGUCAACAAGAAGCGCCGCCAGAUCUGGACGCGCAAGGACGGCGAGCCCGGGUACCCCUACAAGCCGGCGGGGAGGGCUUGA